GCCCUGAUGCGCCAUCUUCAUCCCCCUUCGUCGCUCUCCCCCUCCGCACCAGACUGCCACCGCCCAACACCCACGCCGCCAUGGUUUCUAUCCUCAAGAAACCCUCACCCCUUCGCCGGAGCCCUCGCCGGAGCCCUCGCCAGAGAAAGACCGUCAUCCCCGUCAAGGCUAUUCCCGGUCCCACCCUCCUCCUCUCCUCCAUCGGCACCUGCAAGCGCCGCCUCUUCCGCCUCUUCACCGGAAUCGUGAGCCACGGGAGCGGUAGGAAGGCCGGGUACAAGCGACUUAACAACCGAUUCCCGUCCCCCGCAGUCCACGCCCUUCCGCCAGCCCCGGACCGGAAGACGGUGGUCCUCGACCUCGACGAGACGCUGGUGCAUUCCACCUCCGACCAACCACCGGAAAAAUACGAUUUCGUCGUCCGGCCGGUGAUUGACGGCGCGCCACUGACGUUCUACGUCGUGAAACGACCUGGCGUCGACCAAUUGUUGGAGGAGAUCGGCAAGGACUACGAGAUCGUCGUCUUCACGGCCGGCCUGAUGGAGUACGCCAGUCUGGUGCUGGAUCAGCUGGACUCCAGGGGGCUGAUCUCGCACAGGCUGUACAGGGACUCAUGCAAGGAGGUGGAAGGGAGGCUCGUGAAGGACCUCUCUAGGCUCGGCAGGGAUCUCGGUAGGGUGGUCAUCGUCGAUGACAAUCCGAGCUCUUACUUAUUCCAUCCGGAAAAUGCAAUUCCGGUGAGUCCAUUCAUCGAUGACCUCGCCGACGGCGAGCUCCGAAGACUUGGAGAGUUCUUUGACAUCGCCGGGCAGUUCGAUGACAUGAGGGAUGCUGUGUCCUGCUACCUCUCGGGGCUGAAUAACAGCGAGCCUUGCAAUUGAAAUUUUUUGCUUCUGUCCCUAAUUGUUUGUUGCUUCCCGAGAUAGCUUUUUCGAACAUCCAUUCGAUCGUUGUUGUAGAAAUCGACAGAUUAUUUGAUU